AUGGCCUUCCUCCUCAGGCACGGGCGGUGGGGCGUGGCGUGCCCCCGAUUCGUGCGUGCGUACGCCCAGCGUGUGGCGCAGUAUAGGCCGCUGCCUGACCCGAGUGUUGCGUGGCGUGCGGACGAAGCGGAGGAGGCGCGGCGCGUCGCGCUCCAGCGGCACAUGCCGUUUGCCGAGGCGGAUGCUGUGGCGCUGCCUGCGAUGCACGCCUCGCUCGCGCAUAUGCGCGCCGAGCGCACGAAACUCGAGAAUGAGCAGCAACACAUCGGAGCUACGAUACCAAGGCUGGCGCAGUCCCAGGGCGAUCCUGAGCGCCUCAUGCAGCUUCGUGGACGUGCGCGGGAGCUGCGGACGGUGCUGCGUGAGCUCAGUCAGCGCAUCGACGAUGCGAGUGCGCGCUCGCUCGAGAUCCGCUCGGCGUGGCCGAACCGCAUGCAUCCCGACGUGCCGAUCGGGCCCGAGUCGGCCUCGCGUGUCGUGGUCGUGCACGAUGCACGGGCGGGUGCCUCGGCGCUCCCUGGCGUCUCCCUGCCGUGCUCGCAGCACGAGUUUGAUGCGUGCAUGGAGCAGGCCCUCGUGCCGCGGCCUGAGCGUGAUCACCUAUCUCUCGCCCAUGCUAUGCCGGACGGCGGCGUCGAUAUGGCGGCCGGCCUCACGACGACUGGCCCAUCGUGGCCGUACCUGAUCGGCACGCUGUCGAUGCUCGAGCAUGCGCUGUGCCAGUAUGCGCUACAUGUGGCGCAGAAGCAUGGAUUUGUGCCCGUGUCCGUGCCGGACGUCGUCAAGACGGAUAUAGCCGAGCGGUGCGGAUUCCGACCGCGUGACGAAGCGGCGGCGCAGACGUACUUUGUCGAUACGCGGCGCGACGUGAGCGACGCGGCGGGCCUGUGUCUGGCAGGCACGGCUGAGAUCCCACUGGCGGCCCUCGUCGCGAAGCACACGUACGAUGCGCGCGGUCCCUCCGGCACGGGCGACGUGCGGCACAUGGCGCUGCCGAUCCGCCUCACGGCCCUGGGCCAUGCGUUUCGCGCGGAAGCGGGCGCUCGUGGUGCAGAUACGCGCGGACUCUACCGCAUCCACCAGUUCUCGAAAGUCGAGCUCUUUGCCGUGACGACGCCGGACGAGAGCGAUCGGAUGCUCGAGUCGCUGCGUGAGGUCCAGCAGGACAUGGUCGAGGGCCUGGGCCUGCUGUAUCGCGUGCUGGACAUGUCGUCGGAGGAGCUCGGCGCGAGUGCGUACCGCAAGUACGAUAUCGAGGCGUGGAUGCCGGGCCGCGGAGCGUGGGGCGAAAUAUGCUCGGCGUCCAACUGCACGGACUACCAGGCGCGGCGACUCGCGAUCAAGUACCGCGACGCCGAGAGCGGCAAGAACACGUACGCCCACACGCUCAACGCAACGGCCGCCGCGAUUCCGCGUCUGCAGCUCGCGCUCCUCGAGACGUACGCCUCGACGCGCCUCGCCCUGCCAUCGACGCUUCGUCCGUUCUGGCUCGGCGGACCGAAGGACCCGCGUGUCGAGUGGAUCGAUCUGCGCGCGCCAUCGACCAUCGCUCGCGCACACGCGCAGCUGCGUGCCAUCGCACAGCGCACCGGCGCGAAGCCUGCGCCCCUCCUCCUCGCCUUUGCGAUCCUGCACGAGCUGACGGCACUCGUGCCCCUCUUUGUGCUCGCGUUCGUGCUCACCACGCUCGGAGCCGGCGACGCGAUCCUCAGGAGCAUCGACGCGGCCAUUCAGCACGUGGCGCCGUCGGAGCACGACCGCCUCUCGGCGUGGAUCGACCGUGGAUCGCACAUGGCACGGCGCCUGUCCCACCGCCUCGGCACAGACGCAUCGGCGAACCCGGCGGCCUGGCUCACGAGCCUCACGGCCUCGUACGUCGUCGUCAAGCUGCUCCUGCCCGUCCGCAUCGCCGCCUCCCUCGCCCUCGCACCCGUCACCGCCCGCGCCAUGGUCCGGUGCUGGCGGCGUACAUAG